UCUUGGCCUUGCAGGGGCGUGAAGCUACUUCAGACUCUGCUGUGACGACUUGGCUGCCAGGCGCCGAUCCUCCCCGGUGAGAAGGUCCACGAAUCUUACUGCAGACAGAUUUGCUCAGCGAGAUGGGCUGCAAAAACCUGUUGAGCCUGGGUCAGCAGAUGCUGCGCCGGAAAGUGGUGGACUGCAGCCGGGAGGAGAGCCGGCUGUCCCGCUGCCUCAACACCUAUGAUCUGGUAGCUCUUGGGGUGGGCAGCACCUUGGGCGCUGGUGUCUACGUCCUAGCCGGUGCAGUGGCCCGUGAGAAUGCUGGUCCUGCCAUCGUCAUCUCCUUCCUGAUCGCUGCUCUUGCCUCAGUGCUGGCCGGCCUGUGCUAUGGCGAGUUUGGUGCCCGUGUCCCCAAGACGGGCUCAGCCUACCUCUACAGCUAUGUGACAGUGGGGGAGCUCUGGGCCUUCAUCACUGGCUGGAACCUGAUUCUCUCCUACAUCAUCGGUACAUCCAGCGUGGCAAGAGCCUGGAGUGCGACUUUUGACGAGCUGAUAGGCAAACCCAUCGGAGAGUUCUCGCGUCAACACAUGGCCCUGAACGCCCCUGGGGUGCUGGCCCAAACCCCGGAUAUAUUUGCUGUGAUUAUAAUUAUCAUCCUGACAGGACUGUUAACUCUCGGUGUGAAAGAAUCAGCCAUGGUCAACAAAAUCUUCACCUGUAUCAAUGUCCUGGUCUUGUGUUUCAUCAUGGUGUCGGGAUUCGUGAAAGGCUCCAUUGAGAACUGGCAGCUCACGGAGAAUAAAUCCAGUCCUCUCUGUGGGAACAAUGACACAAACGUGAAAUAUGGUGAGGGAGGGUUCAUGCCCUUUGGAUUCUCUGGUGUCCUGUCAGGGGCAGCGACCUGCUUUUAUGCCUUCGUGGGCUUUGACUGCAUCGCCACCACAGGGGAAGAAGUCAAGAACCCCCAGAAGGCCAUUCCUGUGGGCAUCGUGGCGUCCCUCCUCAUUUGCUUCAUAGCUUACUUUGGGGUCGCUGCUCUCACCCUCAUGAUGCCCUACUUCUGCCUGGACACCGACAGCCCGCUGCCUGGCGCCUUCAAGUACAGGGGCUGGGAAGAAGCUAAGUAUGCGGUGGCCGUGGGCUCCCUCUGCGCACUCUCCACCAGUCUCCUAGGUUCCAUGUUCCCCAUGCCCCGAGUUAUCUAUGCCAUGGCUGAAGAUGGACUACUGUUUAAAUUUUUGGCCAAAAUCAACGAUAGGACCAAAACACCAAUAAUCGCUACUGUGACCUCAGGCGCCAUCGCUGCUGUGAUGGCCUUCCUCUUUGAACUGAAGGAUCUGGUGGACCUCAUGUCCAUUGGUACUCUCCUGGCUUACUCUUUGGUGGCUGCCUGUGUUUUGGUCUUACGGUACCAGCCAGAACAACCUAAUCUGGUAUACCAGAUGGCCAGAACCACCGAUGAGCUAGACCAGGUAGACCAGAAUGAGAUGGUCAGUGCCAGUGAGUCCCAGACAGGCUUUUUACCAGCAGCUGAGAAGUUUUCUCUGAAAACCAUACUCUCACCCAAGAACAUGGAGCCAUCCAAAUUCUCAGGGCUAAUUGUGAACAUUUCAGCCGGCCUUCUAGCCGUUCUUAUCAUCACGGUGUGCAUCGUGGCCGUGCUUGGAAGAGAGGCCCUGGCUGAAGGGACGCUGUGGGCAGUCUUUGUAAUGACAGGGUCAGUCCUCCUCUGCAUGCUGGUGACGGGCAUCAUCUGGAGGCAGCCUGAGAGCAAGACCAAGCUCUCGUUUAAGGUACCCUUUGUCCCCGUACUUCCUGUCUUAAGCAUCUUUGUGAACAUCUAUCUCAUGAUGCAACUGGACCAGGGCACGUGGGUCCGGUUCGCAGUGUGGAUGCUGAUAGGCUUUGCCAUCUACUUUGGCUAUGGGGUCUGGCACAGUGAGGAAGCAUCCCUGGCUGCCGGCCAGGCAAAGACUCCUGACAGCAACUUGGACCAGUGCAAAUGACCCGCAGCCCCACCCACCAAGGUGACAGCGGUUGACGGGUGCCGGCAGAGGCCUGGGACCCUCACACUCUCUCCCCUCAUGCCUCGGGACCAGCUCACGCCCCCAAUGUCACCAAAGCUGGUUUGUAGCCUCAGCCAUAGCUGACAUGGCCUGGUCAGACAGCCCUGCAGCCAGCUCCAGAGAUCCUGGUCACUUCUGGACAGUUCCUUGGUUUUUCUCCUCUCCCUCUGAACAAAGAAAGCAGCCCUUCUCCCUGCCAGCUGGGCGCUAUGCUGCUUCGGCCCCAGCAGAAGGGAGGCCCCCUUCUCCUCUUAUUCGGGAAGCAGACCUCCCUCCCUCCCUGGGACCACCCUGCGUACACUCAUGCGUACACUCCAGAGGGUUAGUGGGCGUCUAUCUCCCUGUCAACCCAGCCAGGACAGCCACCUGACCCCAAGAUGCGAGACCAGCCCCGUGAGGAAGCUGCCUCCCAGCAGUGCAACCCGACAGCCCAUCAACUAUACCCAGAGGACCAACAGGCCCGCAUCUUACUGCUUUCAGCUGGGGUAUUAGGAUGGGGCCCUGAUCCGCAUAGAGGCUUCUGGACCAAGCCCAGCACAGUGUGAGCCGUUCUCAGGCGCAGAAAACGGGAGGUCCCUGGAGUGAUCGAUUGUAUCAAGACUGGAUGGCCAGCUCUGCUCACGUGGACGAGCGACAUUCUCUAGCCUUAUGCUUAGCAGGCCUGGGUCAGCUUCUGCUGCCCUUGGUAUCUGUCCUCCCUGUCCUGAGUCACUGGAACACGAGGCUGUAUCAGUAGGAUUGUCAUUCUCUCAGGUCUUCCAAGGUUCUUCGGACAGGUGGCACCCAAUACGGGGUGGUGACGCUCUUCUAACCGCUGACGCGAAGGACUGCUGUGGGGGUCCUCCAGUCGCUUGCUGUGAAUCACUCCACUGGAUUAACUUGGGGCUCAUUGUUGUUAAUGUAACAACCUUGGGAGAUGGUCAAAUAAUUACCGAGUGCCAUAUCAGCUUGUGGUUCGUGAUGUGCACUCUGCACAAGAGGUGGCUUGGGGUCCUACCGCUAUCCCUCCUGUAGCUGUGGUGCCUUUGCCUGCCGUGCUACUGGUAAGAUUUCUACCCUGGCCUGGACCUUCUGCUCCCGAGUCUGCCUUCAUUUCCCCUCCCCCAUGCUCCUUAUCUCUCUGGGUGAGGCCCUAGGGCCUACACCUCUUCACUUACUCUGUGUAGAUAGAAAGGAUGGCGAGUGAGUGCUGGUGGAUUCCGGGAACCAGCAGGGCGCCCCUCCUCCACACCCACGCCAAGACGACAGGGCGGGGAAGGCUGGUGUCUUAGACUAAUGUUAAUGCUGUUUUUAAAGCCUAGCUUUCUUUCCUGUCUGGCCUUUGACCCAUGUCUGGUGGAAACCGGCCGGGUAAACUGAUGACACUGUCUUCCCCUCUGCUCUGGAAGGUUCUUGGGAAUGGCCGGAGUUGGUGGAACUGGCCUGGCACAGAGCCUAGUGGUGGAGCACUUGCCUAGCAUAUGCAGGGCCCCAGUGCUCCGGAAAAUUAGAGAAACCGCCCGGUUGCUGUGUCAGCCAGUGGAGGGCAGCAGAGCAGCCAAGAGCCAGGCAUCGUGCCGGGCCCUGACCCCCAUCCAGGCACUUUGUCUCAUAGGCUGUCUGAGAAAACUUCAAAGGGAGUAUUAUAAGACCCUAAACGUUGAGUUUCUAAAGGUAUUUAAAGUUAUGUAGAUUGGUGCUGUAAAAUAUUUUGAUAAAUAUUAACUUAUUUC